AUGAGUACAGAUUUUGUGACCAAUCCAUUUGGUUUACCAACUGACUGGAAACAGUCUGCCUAUACAUCCCCGGUGGCAGCGAUAUCGUCUGUUCUAUUCGAAAACGUGGAGUCACUUUUCAGUUACAAAACGUUCUCAGAACCAGAUUUGUUAGAUGCAGCGCUUAAAAAGUGGUCUCAAAAGUCAUCGAACAACUCGUAUUUUGAAGAGCUCGAAUUAAGAGCCGCUGCAGGUCUAGCACCACUUGGUUAUGCAAGAUCUCAAGGAGGCCUAUCUGGAAUCAUUACUCCAGGCUAUGGUUUGAAAUACUUCCUUAACAAUUUUAGACGUGAGGUCCAAAAUAAUGGGCGGUUCCUUUUCAACGUUGGCGCAUUAGAUUAUGAUGACGAUGCUGACCAAGUGGUGGCCGACUAUAUUACGCCUUUGAAUGUCGCAUCUCAAUUAGGCUUUCCUGUGGUUACUCCUCUUUCCCCCCAAGAAUCUAAGUAUACAACAGUGUUGACCUUGGCCUUAGCGAAGUUUGGUAAAGAAUUAGGAGCUAUCCACCUCUUUGAUGGACCUAACUACGCAAAGUCUGUUUUGAAAGUCGACGAAACAACUGAUAAGAGCUUGCUCGAAACAUUGUCCAAAAACGUUCUCAGCGGGUCUUCAUUUACUGAGAUUCUGGACAAGUUCAACGAAAUUUCACCCAAGAGACUGCACAACUUUGAAUACUUAGGUGAUGAAGAUGCUGAGGUUAUCUUUGUUACAUAUGGUUCAUUGGAAUCUGAAAUCUUUACGGAUGCUUUGAAGAACUCUAGUUCUAAAGUGGGAUUAAUCUCUAUCCGAAUUCCACUUCCAUUUGAUGUCGAAAGAUUCGUUGCUCAAAUUCCUUCAACAGCUCGCCAAAUUGUGGUUAUCGGACAAUCCUUGGAUGGCGCAAAGCCUUCUUACUUGAAAUCACAAGUUUCUGCUGCGUUGUUUUAUCAAGGAAAGACGAAGAUCAGGGUUUCUGAGUAUAUUUACAAGCCAUCAUUCAUUUGGUCACCAUCUGCAGUGGAGCAAAUUAUAAACUCUUUUGUCCCAGAGUGUACUACUAAGGAAAUUCGUGAUGCACAGGGGUUUAUUUUCUGGGCAAUUGACAACAGCGCUAAUGCCGACCUUUCAGCAAGAUUGGUCCACGCAUUAUCGUUAGUCGAUGGCAGAGAUGUUACCUUAAGAAGCAAAUUUGAUAACAAUGCCAAUGGAGGUGUGUUUCAAGCACAGUUUGUUUCUUUACCCUCUGAUCAAUCCAUUGCUGUCUCUAAUAUUGAUUCUGCAUCUGUCGCAAUCGUAGAAAAUCCGUCUAUCCUCGGGACCUUCAACGUCGCAAGCACUGUCAAUCCAAACGGAACAGUCCUCAUUAUAAGCGAAGUCCCAUUGAAGGAUAAGGUGAUCUCUGACAAAGAUACUUUGAUGAAGGAGUUUAAGAUUCCCUCCACAUUUUUGAAGCAAGUUGUUGAUAAAGAUAUUCAGGUCAUCUUUUUAGAUGCGGAGGCCAUUGGUGACAAGGAGGAAACAAAGGGUCGUACUCUGUCUUUCGUUCUGCAAGCCGCUUUCUGGAAAUAUGCUUAUGGACUUUCCAUCGCUGAAAGUGUCCGCCGUAUUUGGAGCUCAGCUGGCUCAGACAUCGAAUUGCUAGCCGCUGUUUUAUCAGAGACCAUUACAAACGCGUUCGAAGUGGGUAUUUUCAAGAUUUCAAACGACGACCUAAGGAAAUCGUUUUCAAAGAAAGAUCAAAACGAUUCAGAUGAAAAAACCGAAGAAGAAGAGCCUACCUUACCUUUGUUUUUGUCUGAGACGUGCUUCAAGCCCAAUCCUAGAGAGGCUGAAGACUAUCCAGAGGUCGAGACAUCCGAUCCUCUUCAAAUUGCGAAACAAUUAACUUUCAGUGAAGCUUAUGAUGUGAAAAGGGAUUUGAGGCCAGACUUGCCUGUCAAAAACUUCGUUGUUAAGGUCAAAGAAAAUCGCCGCGUGACACCUGCUGACUAUGAUCGUUAUAUUUUCCACAUUGAGUUUGACAUAAGUGGCACUGACCUAAAGUAUGGUAUCGGUGAGGCUUUGGGUAUUCACUCGAGGAACAACGAAGAGCGAGUCCUUGAAUUCUUGAGCAACUAUGGAUUGAAUGCAAAUGAGGUGAUUUUGGUUCCUAGCAAAGAGAAUUAUCAAAUCUUAGAGGCAAGAACAGUUCUUCAAGCUUUCACGGAAAAUCUAGACAUAUUCGGGAAACCACCAAAGAGAUUUUACGAAAGUUUGGCUGAUUUUGCAGUUGAGGAAAAGGACAAGAAAAAACUUGAAGAUCUGGUUUCUGCUGCUGGUGCUGCGGAAUUGAAAAGAUUCCAAGACGUUGAGUAUUACUCUUAUGUUGAUAUCUUCAAUCUUUUCCCCUCCGCUAAACCACAGCUUGAGGACUUGGUUAAAAUUAUUGCGCCAUUAAAGAGAAGAGAAUACUCCAUUGCUUCGUCCCAAAGGGUUCACCCUAAUGAAAUUCAUUUGUUAAUUGUAGUUGUUGACUGGAUUGACAAUCAAGGUAGAAAGAGAUAUGGCCAGUGUUCUAAAUACUUGUCAGAAUUACCAGUCGGCUCAGAACUUGUUGUAAGUGUAAAACCCUCCGUUAUGAAACUACCACCUUCUCCUAAACAGCCAGUUAUUAUGAGCGGUUUGGGUACGGGUCUUGCUCCUUUCAAGGCCAUCGUUGAAGAGAAGUUGUGGCAAAAACAACAGGGUCACGAAAUCGGAGAAGUUUACUUAUUUCUCGGGUCUAGGCACAAGAGAGAGGAAUACCUUUACGGAGAGCUUUGGGAGGCUUAUAAAGAUGCGGGUAUUAUUACGCACAUUGGCGCAGCCUUUUCAAGAGAUCAACCUCAGAAAAUUUACAUUCAAGAUAGAAUUAGAGAAUCUUUGGCUGAUCUAAAGAAAGCAAUGAUUGACAACGAAGGUUCCUUUUACUUGUGUGGUCCUACAUGGCCUGUUCCUGAUAUCACAAAGGCCCUUCAAGACAUUAUAGCUGCCGAUGCGGAGGAAAAGGGAAUUAAGGUCGACUUGAAUGCUGCAAUUGAAGAUUUGAAGGAGGCAUCGAGGUACAUCCUUGAAGUAUAUUAA